GAUUUUGCCAAGUUCUUCUCAUUAUGACAUCACUACGAACUUUCGUCAUUCUCUCUAUUCUACUUGUUGAUGUCUCGGCACAGUUGUUCAAGUGCUUUUCCAAGUGUGAUGCAGAUUGGCAUUAUCUCAAAGACAAGGCUGAGUGUAUGCUAAAAUGUCCCAAAAAGGAGAUUGAAGAGUGCAAAAAUCGAUGCAGAGCUAAGAGUUGGCCUAUCGACGGAGUGUGCUUGGCUGGCAUUCCGCUCACAUGUCUGGCUUUCUUGUAAACCCUCGGUUAAUUAUGUUGUGCAUCACUGCUUGAAUAAACAAUUUAAGCAUAA